AUGGAAACAGCAACCAGUGGCACAGAAAUUGUAAAUGAACAAUUAAAUAAUUUAGAUAUCAAUAAAAAAGAAGAAGAGGAAGUUGAUACUACUGACAAUAAAGAAGAAAAUGUAUCUACUACAGAGGAAACUAAAUUAUCAAAAGGUCAAAAGAAAAGAUUAAAAGAAAAGGAAAAGAAAUUAAGACAAAAACAAGAACAAGAAUCUGGUGUUUCAUCAACACCAGCUGUUGUUGCUAAACCAGAGCCACCAAAACCAGAAACUGCAGAAGAGAAAUUCAACAGACAAAUUGAAUGGGCAAUUUAUCAAUUGGUUUUAGGUCAACAAAGAAAAGAUACUACUAAAGAACAAUUUAAAGAGUCAGAAACAAUUAUUAAUAAAUUAAAAUCAGAUAAAAUUCAUGAUGCUAGAAAAAUUCAAAUUAUGCAUUCAGUUUUCGGUAAAAAUUUAGAUAAAGUUAUGAAGCAAUAUCCAUUACCAAAAAAACCAGUUGUACAAGCUGCUACUAAACCAGAAUCAUCACCAUCACCAGCAUCAUCAGCAGAAUCAACUACAACCACUGCAUAA